AUGAGUUCAUUCCCAAUUGCUGAACAAGAAGAAAGCUUAUUUCUUCUUGAUGAACAACCACCACCCAAUUUACAAAGAUCUGCAAGCUUUGAUGAUGAUAAUAAACCUAAUAGUUUAAAAUCUAUUCAACGUAUUCUAUCUGUUUCAUCAUCUUUAACAACAAAUAAUCGUUAUCAACUACCACAACAACAACAACAGCAGCUACAACCUUAUAGAUCUUUAUCAGCUCAUGAUUUAAAUGCACCUUUACAUUCAAAUGAUUAUGGUUUACCACCAACACAUCAACCUCGACGUCCAUCAUCAGCAAUGCGUAAUAGUACAAAUGAUAUUGAUUCAUUUGUUCGUCAAUUUGAAACACGUCUUCGUGAACAUCGUCUUCUUUGGCAAAAAGAAUAUGAUUCAACAGUACAACGAAUGAAUGAAUCAAGACAUAGUGAAUUAGAAGCAUUGAAAACUCGUUAUGAAACAAAAUUAACUACAUUAGAAGAUGGUAAUAAACAAUUAGAAAUGAUUUUAGAACAACUUAAUGAAGAAAAUAAACGAUUGAAAUUUGAUACAGAACAUCAAAAACAACAAAUUAAAGCUGAACAAAUAACAAUUCAAGAACAUUUAAAAGAUUUACAAAAUGAAAUGGAACGAAAAAUUCAUGAAGUAAGAGCAUUUCAUGAAAGUGAAAAACAAGAAAUACGACGACAAAAUUCACGAACACAUCAAGAUUUAUUAGAUGAAACGAACCAACGUUUAAAAAAAAUGGAAAGUGAUUAUAAAUCUCAACAAUCAACGCAUGAUUCAACAAUAAAUGAAAUGGAAAAACGAAUGGUAGAUUUACGAUCAAAUAUUGAUCGUCUUCAACAAUCAAAACAAAAACUUGAUGAAGAAAAUAAUUCAUUAAUUAAAAAUAAUGAUCAAUUUCAAUUACAACUUCAAGAAUUAACAAAUAAAUUACGUCAUGUCGAUCGUGAUCAUGCUGAUCAAAUUCAACGAUAUGAAAAUGAAUUAAAAUCUCUUCGUCUUCGUUGUGAAUCAGGUGUUGAUUUAUUACGUAAAGAAAAUGAUUUAACAAAAAGUAAAGCAACAAAAACUAUUGAUGAAUUAGAAAAACAAUUAUCAGCUAUAACAGAAAAAUUUUAUGAUAUGCAAAAAUUAUUUGAACAAAAAAUCAAUGAACAACAAACAACAUAUCAAAAUAAUAUUCAACAAUGUGAAAAUGAUUAUGAAAAAAAAAUACAAUUAUUAAAACAAGAUUUAAAACAAUUAAAUGAAAAAUAUCACGUAUCAAUACAACAAAAUGAACAAAUACAAAAUGAAUUAAAACAAAAAAAUUAUGAAUUAAAACAAUUUAAUGAAACAUAUACACAACAAAGAGAUUUAAUUGAAAAAAGUGAACGAGCUUUUGCACAAAUUAAAAGUGAUUUAGAAAAAAAAUUUCAUGAUAAAAUGCAAGAAAUAAAUGAUAAAACACGUCAAAAUGAGCAACAAUUAAUCGAAAAUUUAAAUCGUGAUCAUGCAAAAGUUUGUGAUAAACUUAAACUUGAAUAUACACAAGCAAAAGAACAAAAUGAAGAAAAAUUACGAACAAAUUUUAAUAAAGAAAUUGAUGAACUUAAACGUAAAUAUGAACAAUCAAUUGAAAAACAUGAAGAAAAAUUGAAAUCUGAUUUACAACAUAUUGAUAAAAUAUCUGUUGAAAAAAAACAUACACAUGAAAAUGAAAAACAAAAGCUUAUUAAUGAAUAUGAACAAUUUAUUCGAAAAAUUGAAAAACAAUAUGGUCAAAAAGCUGAUGAAUAUGAAAAACGUAUCGAAAUUUUAGUAACAAAAACUCAUGAACAAUUAAAAUCAAUUGAAGAUGAAUUUGAAGAACGUAAUAUAAAACAACAAUCAAUUAUAAAUGAUCAACAAAAAAUGAUUCAAGUAUUGAAAGAUGAACAAAAUAAAUCAAAAGUAUUUUUCGAUAAGCAAUCGACUAUAUUAAAUGAACAAUGUGCUCGUGAAAAAAAUGAAAUUAAAGCUCAAUUUGAUUCAUGUAUGAAAAAUCUUGAAAAAAAUGUUAAUACAUUAACAUUAAAAAAAGAACAACUUGAACGUAAAUUAUCAUAUUUAAACGAACAACAUAAACAUGAAUUACUUGAUUGUCGUUUGACAUAUGAAAAUAAUUUAAAAGGUCUUCUUGCGAAUGAUGUUCGAAUUGAUUUAGAAAAUACAAUACAUUCAUUAAAACAACAAGUCGUUUAUUUACAACAACGUAUUGCUUUUCUUCAACAAGAACUUGAACAGUAUAUACAAACAUAUGGUCAUAGACCAGCAGCACAACCACUAAUUAAAUCAAUAAAUCAGGAAUGA